UGUUGGACGGCUUUGAAAGACUCUCCGCAAAUGCAAAAGUGAAUUCUGGUCCAGGCUGAUGUGUUUGAGAGGCAACGGAAACCCAGGCAUCCCAUCAGAUCCUGCUGGAGAUAGAUGACUAAGAGCUCAUUCCCAGCAUGCAGUGAAGAAAACUAGCAGCUAUUUGUCUGCAGGUGCCAUUUUCUGCUCGUGGAAGCAAUAUGAAAAUAACAAUCUAAAGAUUAUGUGUAGACUGGAGGCAUAACUGGGCAUUCCUCAGCUAAAUUCAGUUGCAAAGAAAAUUCUGCAUGUAGCCUGUCUUUGAUUGGGUUUACAAAUUCAUCAUGGACCAGAACCCAUCAGGUUGAUUCCAGUAAAGGAAAAGAGGUGUCACUCCAUCAGACAUCAGCACCGCAGUCUGGACUCUGUGAUCCACACCAACAUACCCACCGUCUCCCCUUGUAUUUUCUGAAGCUCCAUCGACUGACUCCCUUACCUCCUCUUCCCCUGUUCACACCUUGUAAACAGUGGAAGGCCAAACACACGACUUACCCGAACGCUGUCCAGUAAGCGAGGGCGGCGAGGGCGGCGAGGGCUGUGCUGUCAUUGGUUGACUGCAGGUUGACUGCAAUGUGGAUGGGAGGAUGUCGGGGGACUGGGAUGAAGACCUGUGUAAGAAGGCGCUGGUGUUGGUAGAGGAACUCUGCUUCAACACAAGAGGAUACAGCCAGAGCAAAGGGUGCCAGGAGUUCAGCUACCUGCUGCGGGGUCGAAACAGACAGCUGGACACAGAGAUCUCUGUCAGCCUACUGUCGGUCAUUGUGACAUUUUGCGGCAUCGUCCUCCUCUCUGUCUCCCUCUUCGUCUCCUGGAAGCUCUGCUGGCUGCCAUGGCGGGACAAGGAGGGCGGAGGUUUGAGCCUGACGUCUGGGCUGCUCCCUGGAAGCAGCCUCGGAGGCCUGGCAGGUGCCGGCGGGUCACUUUUACCCCCGCUGCUGCAGAGGAAGGACGGCCACUCGUCCUCCUCGCUCUACCCAUCUCUGGGCCAGCAGGGUCAGCACCAUCCCCACUUCUCUGAUCUGGUGGGGUUGGAGAGGGGGGAAGUCGGUGGUGUCGUUGGGGGACCACAUGAAACCCAGGAGCACUCCUACCUGGAUAUGGACUCCUAUCCCAACAAUGCUGGAACGCUGAAGCUCAGCCAGACAUCUCCAGAUGUCCCCAACUCAGAGGGUGGAGCCCAUUCCCAUAAAGACCUGCCCAACGCCCACUCGCAGCAGCAGGUCACCCCACGACCCAAACCCAUGACUCACCAGCUCUCCAGCCCUGAUUUCCACGGUGAGGAGAAAGAGCAGGUAACCUGCAUCGGCCAGAUCAAGCCGGAGCUCUACAGACCCAAAGGUGACCAGGGUGAAGGCAAACAGGGCGACAACUGUGGCAAGAUCAGCUUCCUCCUCCGCUACGCCUUCAACACGGAGCAGCUGGUGGUGAAGAUCCUGAAAGCUCUGGACCUGCCCGCGAAGGACGCCAACGGCUUCUCCGACCCCUAUGUGAAGAUCUACCUACUGCCAGACAGGAAGAAGAAAUUCCAGACCAAGGUCCACAGAAAGACCCUGAACCCGAUCUUCAAUGAGACGUUUCAGUUCGGCGUUCCACUGAAUGAGUUACAUUCCAGGAAGCUUCAUUUCUCUGUGUACGACUUCGACCGCUUCUCCAGACACGACCUGAUUGGACAGGUAGUGGUGGACAACCUGCUGGACUUCAGUGAGGGCACCGGGGACAAACCUGUCUGGAGGGACAUUGUGGAGGGCACCGCGGAGAAGGCUGAUCUCGGGGAGCUGAACUUCUCACUGUGUUACCUGCCGACUGCAGGCAGGCUCACGGCAACAAUCAUCAAGGCCACCAACCUCAAAGCCAUGGACCUGACUGGCUUCUCAGACCCGUACGUAAAGGCCUCACUGAUCUGUGACGGGCGUCGGCUAAAGAAGAGGAAGACUUCUAUUAAGAAGAACACGUUGAAUCCCACUUACAACGAGGCACUGGUCUUUGACAUUCCUAAUGAAAACAUAGAAAGCGUGUCCAUCAUCAUCGCCGUGAUGGACUAUGACUGUAUCGGUCAUAACGAGGUUAUAGGUAUGUGUCGUGUGGGCAGCGACGCAGACGGUCCAGGAAGGGAGCACUGGGCAGCCAUGCUGGGCAAUCCACGUAAACCAAUAGAGCACUGGCAUCAACUCGUAGAGGAAAAAGCAAUCGGUACGUUUGUGUCAAAGAGUGCGACAACACCUUCCUCGAAGCCGCACAUCGUGGUGGACAGUCCUCAUUCCGAUUAAUAGUGUCAUUACCGCCUCGCCAGCUCCAGACUUUCUUUUCCUCCUGCUCAUCUGUGAAUAAUUCUCUCCAUCAAAGAAAGAGAGACGCUGAGAUGCUGCUCGUGUUUCCGGCUGCUAGCGCCGUUUUUGCUCCUGCUAAUAAAUCCUCUGAUUCCUGAGCUGCCGUUACCAAGAAACAUGAAAAACAUAAAACCAAGUCCAUCACCUCAGAAGCUCCACACACCUUCACCGACACCAAAUCGUAGGACUGAUGUUGGGAUUUAUCUUUGUGAUGUAGCGGGGGGGCGCUCCACAACACACACACACACACACACACAGUUUGUACAGUAGAAUGUCCAUCGUCCACGUGUGCUUCAGAUUAGUCGACUGUUUCAUCUAGCAGAAGCGCCAUGUGACUUUUCUUUCUCGACUAAUCAGAGAACCAUCGUAGAAACAGUCAUUCCAACCGGGACCAAAGGAUCCGCCCCUGUACAGGCUGUUGAAGAACAUCGUGUUGGGACACUGGUACGCCGGGUGCUUUAUGGGACAACAUCUCACACAUGGCGGUUAGCAGGACAAAACUCUCACGGUGGCUUUGGACGCUUCCUCGGUGCAUCGUGGGUUGUCAGACCUGCUGGGUUUUUUGUUUUUAAUCCAGGGGAAGAUAACGCAGUGUCCCUGCCACUCAUUAUUGAUGUCAAAAGGCGCACGAACUGAGGAUUGAUCCAUCAGUCUCAGCAUGUUACAUGACCUUCAAACGUGUCCCUCCCUGCGUCUCAUGCUUUUUGUUGUCCUGGUGCUCAUCUGUGGCACUUUUGAUGACUUAGGUUUUUGUUAUGGUUUCCACUGGUGUUGGUGUACUACAUGAGGACCCACUGAGGAUGUCUUCUGAAAGACAAUUUAAUCAACGGGAAGACCUUUUCCGAACACGGGUCAAACCCCAUGUUUAGGGACGGACCAGUUUGGACGGAUAUCACCGUCUUGUUUUCCUUUUCCGUCAGCUCUGUACUCUUCCGUUUCCCUUCUCAAGACAUUGUCGUGGUGAAGAUUCAACUGAGAAAACAAAAGAACAACAAAAAAGUCCACAUCUUGCCUGUAGAAGGACUCACGUGUCCGUUGUUUGUUGCUUUUAUCAGUGUGGUUUUCCGUAUUUGUGGGUGUGUUUGUUUUGUAUUUGUGUGUGUCCCUGUGGGUGUGUGUGUGUCACUGUGACCUUGUGUGUGUGUGUGUGUGUCUGUCUGUGUGUGUGUGUGUGAAAGACACGUUUUGUGCUCGCUGCCCUCCGCCGUUCCCGUCCUCCGUCCCUGCCUCCAUUUUCAAACUGAACACGUCUUUGAUCCCACGUGUUAGCGAGGAGUCCUGCUGUAUGUGUGUGAGUGUGUGCCACGUGUGCCGUACACGCCUCAUUGCGCUCCUGCAUGCUUUCUACAUACCAUUUGUAUAAUGUCCAUAAAAUGGGUGAUUUGCCCUCUAGUGUUCAACACAAAGAAAUGCAGUCCUUUACAAAGACGACAGCAGCCAUUAGAUAGGCUAAGGUGGUUAUGCUAUAACCAUAUUACUCAUUCAUUCAUUCAUUUCCUAAUGCUUCACUGGGUCUCCGUUUGCAGUGGCAGCAGAUCAAGCCGCUCAGCCCACACUUCCCUAUCCUUGACCAUAUCUAAUAUUGAAAUUGAAUAUUGAUAGACCUAGGCUGAAAUGGGCAUUGAAAUUUUAUUUUAAUGAUGAAUCACAUUUCAAAAGGUUCACUGAAGUUGAAACUCUUUCAAAUGUGUUUAAUGAGGUCUCCUAUUUACCUUAUUUAAGUUUGUUUAGGUGGUGUAUCAGGUUUCUGUUAAAUCAUACAGUCACAUAAUUUAACUAUCAAUAUAUUGACUAAACAACUCCAUUAUAUGUAGCCUAUUGCUAACAUUAAUGCAUAAAGAACUCCCACUUUUAUUUCGCUUUGAUUUAGCUGGUAUAACUGCA